AUGGUUUCGAAACUGGUACAACCAUUUUGCCCCCAUGAAGGGAGCACCCCGAGGAGAAAGCCAACCCAUGUAACUAAAAGCUGCGGGGCAGUGUUGAUCAGUUCCAAAUUCUUGUCUGAACGGAUAAGGUGGAGGGUGCUGAGAAAUAAGUCUCUAAUUCCAGUUGGUGCAGUUAGAACGACUGAUGGCUUCAGAGGUCUUCUCGACCACGAUUACGGUGGUUCUCCCCGCGCAGAAAGGGGUGUCCCAGAGCCCGCCCCCAGGGCCCCGUCCGCGUCCGCGUCUGAGCGCGCUUCUCCCGGGCGCCGGCAGGAGGCGCCCGCGGUGGCCGAGGUGCUGCGCGCACCCGCGGGGAGCCGGCCCCGGGGGGCGGAGGGAGAGGAGAGGAGGGGCUGGAGGGGGCGCGGCUUGCUCCGGGUCCCUCCCGGGCGCCGGGCCUCCCCGUCCGCGGGGUCCGAGGCUGGUGGCCGGCGGGGGUCGCGGCGACGGCGGCGGCGCUGGCGGGCCGCGGGCGCGGGGGCCUGGCUCUGGCUCCGGGUGUUAGGAGACAAGAUGGCGGCGGCGCUGUGGAGGCUGGUCUCCUCCUCUUCUCCGCUCUCCUCCGCCCCGCCGCUCGCCGCCUCCUCGGUCUCCUCCUCCUCCUCGUUAGCUGCCUCCUCCUCCUCCUGCAGCAGCCCUAGCGACCGCCGGAGCGCCGGCCCGCUCUCCCGGAGCUCCGGAGGGGGAUAG